AUGCUACUUCGUAAAAGUGAAAUGAGUCAUUAUGUUACAGAGAGUAUUAAUGCAAUUUAAGGCAUAGUCAUGUUACUCAUUGUUUUUACACUCUUUAAAUUCGAUGUAAUGAUCUCCAAGAUGAAAAAAAAUGAGAAAUCUAUAUAUAGUCUUGUUUCUUUUUUGAUACUUCUAACUGGGAGAUUCCUAAGCAGCUACUUCAUGGUUUUUCAAAUUAUCAUGAUAAGAUGUGGCUUUAAGAAUUUAAGUUGCGAAAUUUAGGUCGAGGAUUUUAGCGUAUUCAUAGAAUCCUUGUUUGUACUUGCUAACGUAUGCAUACUCUCAGCAGUCGAUAUUUUAAACUCCAAGGAUAACAUGAAUUUAGGUUAUUUCGUGGCAUUAAUACCACUACUGGCUAAACUUAAUGAUGAGGAAUAGUUCGUCUUUAUCAAUGCUUUCCUAAAAUUCAAAAGAUACCCGAAUAAUUCCUUCGAGUAUCAAUAGGUUAGAAGAUUUUAUUACAAACACAAAAGAGUAUGCACUGAUCUUAAAUGUCCUAUCAAUAAAGAAUGCAAAAUAAGUGACAUUGAUUCUGAUCAUUAUGGAAUAAAAUUGACAUAAAAUGAAGAUGAUUUGAGACAUGGAUUGACGAAAGAAUUCAUAAAUAAGAUAUUAACAGGAGCUGUAUUUUUUCAUUUUAAUGAAUCAGGCUCUACCUCUAAAGUAAAAUUUAUGGAAAUAUUUCUGAAAUUCAAUGACUAUGACUUCAUCAUUUCUACCUACUAUAAGCUUAUGGACCUCAAGAAUAAAAAUCUUUCCAGAAAUGAGAAGCAGAAAUAUGAAUUCCUGCAACUUUUAAUGACUUAGAAAUAUAAUCUCAUGGAGAAGAAGCAUGAUCAUUAUGACAUUGAAAAAGUCAUGCAAAUAGAAUAAGAAUAUAUCACAUUUAAACAAACUAUGAUAGAUGUGACUAUAAAUGUCUAAAAAUUUUGGUAAGGGCUACUGAAUAGAAAUAUUUAGCUUUCAGAACUCAUGACUAUAGGAAAUAGAAUUGUUCUUUCCUAUAUUGACCAAAAAGAAUGCUAUGAUAGCUUAAUCAAAAAGAAACCUGAUUUCUCUGAGGUAGCUAUACUAAAUUACUAGUUCUGCUAUAACGUAAUGAACUUUGAACUUGAAGCGAACGAGGCUUAGAUUGUAUUCAAAAAAAUCAAGGAAAAGUAGAAGAUUAUGAUAAGAAACUUCUAUAAUGUUGUAAAAACUGAUUCAGGUUUGCUUAUAAUAUCCAACCAUAAUGGAAAGAGAAAUAAUAUCUUGAUGGUCAAUUAAUUAUUUGAAGAGAUUGUGGGAAUGACUUCAUAAAGUAUUAUUAAUAAGAAUAUUAAUCAGUUCAUGCCAAGGAUGAUUAGUAUAGUUCACGAUAGAAUCUUGGACAACUACUUUACAACUUAUAACGGAAUACCUUAUGAAAGAGUUUUCGAAAGGCUGUGGUUCAAAAGGAUCGAUGAGGCUAUUAUCCCAAUUCAAGCAAGAGUAUUAACUUGUAUAUCUCAAACUCAUGGUCUGCUACUUGUAGGUAAUAUCGAAUUUGCUCCUCCUGUUUUACUAAAGAACUUGUCUUAUAAUAGUAAUCAAGUCUAUUUUUUAAUUGCAGAUGAGGAGGGUUUUGUAAUUAAUACAUCUCAGAACUUUCUGCAAAAAUUUUUCAAUACCAAAAAUAACUUUAUUUAAGAUUACAGAUUCAAUGUUUGUGAUAUAUUCCCUCUGUUGGGUGAUUAUUCCAAGGAGGAUCUAUAAAAUGGAGUUGGAACUAAAAUGAACAAGUAUUUCUAUAAUCACUAGAUUGACUUCAAAAAGACUCUUGAUAUAAACUUAAUAGUAAAUGAAUGCAACUUUAAGCAUGGAAUUUAACUGAAAGAAAUUUAUUUCCUUGAAGAUUUUACAAUGAGCAUUUUACAUGAAAAGUCAAUGUUUAUUAAAGAUUUAUAGACUGAGUAGAAUGCUUACUUUGCUGAUGAGCUCUCUGAUUAUGGUAAUCCAACAGCCUAUUUUUAGAGUUAGCAUAUGAAUAAAGUUAUGACUCAAAUUGAUCGACUCGGAGGUAAAUUUGUUUCUCCUUCUGGAUCAAUUAGCUCUGAAUCAAGUAAUAGUAGUAGCCAAAAAGGGAUGCUUUAAAUUAAAAAUAUGCUAGACUUUAAAAAGCUGCCAUAAUCACUUGUAAAUUUAAAAAGAGCUGUUAUCAUAUAUUUUGUUGUCAUGAUUUCAACUUCAAUAGCAAUGCUUACAGUCACACUUGUAUCUCAUCAUUAGUUUCAUGAAGAUUAAGAGAUGACAAAAAAUACAAUUUAUAUUGAUAGAGAGCUUUCUAAUCUUCGAUUGUCUUAUAGAAUGCUGAUAUUUGUUGCUCAAAGAAAAAAUAAUUCUGUAUUUCUGACUUAUGAUGACUAAAUAGAGCACAUUAGAGAAUUUUUUGGAAAGCUUUAGUACUAUUAAAAUCAAAUGAUAGACGAUGAUCAUCCUGAUAAUGCAGAAUUAUAAAAGCUUAUCACUCAAAAUGUACUCCCAAUUGAGGAAAUAAAUUAAAAUGGUUAUUAAAGCCUUAAUAAUGUCACUUUUUUCUUAGGAACUCAGUAAUUUCUAAGUAAAGUUGCUGCUUAUCUAUAGAAAUCAGAGGAUGAGUAUGUUUAGAUAUUUUAAAACUUCUAUUUAUCAGAUACCAACAAUAAUCUAACAGACGAUUAGAGAGAUGCAUGGUUUAUUGUGUUUAAUGGGAAUAAAAAUAUCAGAAACUUUAUGCUCGAUCUAAGCACAAGAUAUCUUUAUGAUGGAAAAAAUAAAGAAAAAGGAUACAUUUAAACGCUUUUAAUUAUAACCUGCCUAUGUAUUGGUAUAUCAGUGGUCUCUACUGGAAUUCUAAGCCCGACAACAUCAAAUCUUGAUGAUGAAGAGUUAAAUGUUAUAUAUAAAUGGAAUAUGAUUCAAGAUGCGACCAAAAAGGUUGUCCUUGAAAACAUUUGCUCAUUUAUCGAAUGGAUGUAAUAAGUAGAAGCUGAUAGAACUAAAAUACCUGAUAUUGAAAAAAAAGUAGUCUAAUAAAUUUAGAUGAAUUCUACUUAAAUAAGACACGGAGAUCUUCACGACAUCUCUUACAGUUCAGAUAGAUCUCUGAUUACAAUUUAAAGGAAUCAAGCAUCAUUCCAUAAGUUUCCAAAACAAAAAUCUUCAAAAUUGCUCAAUCAUGAUGAUGAAAAUUUUUCCGAAAUUAAAAUUGAUGAUCACUUCUCCGGUGAAACUAGCUUUCUUGAUUACAUCAGUGCUCCAAAUUUAGCAACUUUUAAAAGUACUGCACAAGAAAUAAAUGAAGAUAAAAUCCCUAAUCUAGAUCCCUAAGAAUAAUAGAAACUCAAUGGAAAGAAACUUGUAAAGAAACAAAGAUUUUAAAAGCUAAAAUAAACUUCAACAACAUCAGAAGUUUCAAUAAGUCAUGAAGAUAGUCUUCGCAAAAAUUUCUAAUCUAUGUAAAGUGGAAGACUAGAUGUAAUCUAGGAAUCUUAAGUAGUAUUAAAUUAAGGUUUAAAUCAAAAGUAAAACACUCAAUCUAUUGAAGAAUCUGAAAUAUUUAAAAAGCAAGAUAUUUAGCGAUUAUUUAGGUUGAUCAAGCUAAAGAGACUAACUGUUUUUACAUUAUUUACUUCCAUUGUUAUUGGUUUUUUCCUUGGUCAAUAUUUCAUUACCCAUCAAGUUAUCACAGAAGCAACUGAUUCAUUUAAUAUGCAGUUUAUUUUUUCAUAGAGAAUAUCGUGCUUGACUAAUUCACUUAAUUUCAUGUUGGAAACCUAUGCUGAAAACAAGACUUAGUAUAUAGGCUAUGAAAAUAUAAAAUUGCAAGAUUAUAUUUUGUAAAAAUGUGGUGAUAUCGAAACUCAAGUUCAAGAUUAUACAAGAUAUCCUCCGCCUUAAAUGCAAUUCAUGAUAGAUCAUCUUAGGGCUUUAAAUACUGAUAAGGCUUGUUACGUUGCUUUUGAGGACUAAAUUGAUAUUGAUUGGUGUCUAUCAAAAAUAAACAAAAUAAUGUCUAAUGGAUACAGAAAUGCAUUCUAAUAAACCUAUUAUCACUUGACGAAUGAAUUAAUUUAAUAUGAAAGCAUUAGAGCUUCUUAAAGAACAAAAUAAUAUAUGAGGGAAAGGGUAUAUAAAUCUUAGACUCAAUUAUUUAUGGAUUUGUAUUUUGAUAUCUUGAGGCCAAUAUCGUAUAGAAUCUGCGAACUAGUAGAUGCUUCAAUCGAUGUCUACUUGGAUGUUGUGCUUGAUAGAUAUUUUGUCCUAUUCGGAGUUUUCCUUGGCUUUUUGGUUUUUUCUUUGAUUAUUACCUUUAAGUACUCACUAUUUAUGCUCAAAUAAGUAGUACUGAGAACAAGAAUGCUGAUAAAAAUUAUUCCAAUUGAUGAACUUAAAACGAUAAUGGAAAAGAAGAAAGUUUAAACGAUGAAAAGAGCCUGA